AUGACAACGCUCAUGGCCUUCGACCGUCAGCGGCCGAAGGUGAACAUGACCACCAUCUCGGAAGAGGACUUGGAUCUCGUCUUGGCCGCGCUGCCCGCGAUCCCAAGUGUGUCCCCCCCCAAGCUCAAGGAGGUCGGCAUGUAUGGCAAGGAGUGGUUUAACGUGCCCGAGUUUAGAGACAUCGUGCCCUUGUGCGCACGUCUCGUGAAGGUCGAGAUUUUCAUGUCUCAUCUCGAAGUGACGUCGCCCAGCGUACGCUUGCUGGGGCUACACAACGACGUCGACGACUUGCUGCUCGACCCAUUGGCGCGGUGCCUCCGAGCUGGGCGCGUCACUGGCCUUGCCCUCAACGCCUUCAACUCGGCAGCAAGCGCAGAUGCCAUUGCGGCGAUGCUCGCGACAGUCACACCUCUGCACCACUCGAAGGCGGUGCAGUUCUACACUCGACUCUUGCGCGGCAACAUCCAUGACUUGAUAGCACUCCUCGAUGUCUCCAACCUUACGCACCUCGACGCCGGCGGCUUGGACGACUUCAACUGCCUACUUCCGUUCCUCAGUCAGAUGCCGCUCCUCGAAGAGCUGGCGCUGCGGGAUGACAACAUCACGGUGGCACCGGGCGCGCUCAUGGCCACUCCGCUGCCGAGCUUGAAGGUGCUGACCGUGUCGAUGGACGCUGAGCCUUUUCUUCUCUGGGCGUCCAAGCUGCCCAACUUGGACAAAGUGCAUUGGCGCGACAUGGACCACAUUCCGGCCGCGUCGUUGGGCCUCUUCCAGCAUGUGAUUGGUCUGUGGACGCACCGCCUCUCGGUUGUGUCGCUUCGCUCGUGCGACUUCCACGUCUACCGGUAUGAGACGCUGGGGCUCUUGCUCUCCUAG